GUACGUCAGAGGGAUGGCUGAGGGGAGCUGAAGAUGGCGGCGCUGUGUGAGGAUGGGAGGUACGGGCUGUCCUGUGGGAGACUGAACCCCGGCAAACUCUCAGUGUUACAUGUCAAAUUAACAGAGACAGCAUUCAGGGCACUGGAAAAUUACCAGAGCUGCAAGAACGUACCAUCCCCUCAACCAUCUAUUCAAUUCAGAGGACUCCAGGGGCGUAUUAAAAUCCCAAGAACAGAUGCUCCCAAUGAACUGCGAAACUUUGAUUUUUACUUGUCCAACGUUGGCAAAGAUAACCCUCAGGGAAGCUUUGACUGCAUUCAGCAAUAUGUUUCCAGUUCCGGAGCCCCCCAACUCGACACCCUGGGAGUUAUACAAGAUAAAAUCACAAUCUGUGCGACCAACGAUUCAUAUCAAAUCACCCGGGAGAGAAUGACACAGGCAGAAGAAGAAACCCGUACCCGAAGUACCAAAGUCAUUAAACCAGGAGGACCAUUUGUAGGUAAAAGGGUUCAGAUACGGAAACCAGCCCCAGGAGCACCAGACCCUGCGCCCGAAAGGAAACGGUCAACCCCCAUCAACCCCGCCAACACGAUACGAAAGUGCAACAUGAACAGCGCCAUGGCCCAGAGACCGUACAGGGACAGAGUGAUCCACUUCCUGGCUCUGAAGCCGUAUAAGAAACCUGAAGUACUGGCACGCCUGCAGCGAGAUGGUGUCGGUCAGAAAGACAAGAACUCUCUGGGAUCCAUCCUGCAGCAGGUCGCUAAUCUGAACCCAAAGGAUAACUCGUACACACUGAAGGAAUAUGUGUACAAAGAGAUUCAGAAAGACUGGCCUGGAUAUUCUGAAGAAGACAAACAGCAGCUAGAACGUGUGCUUGCCCGUAAAUUAGGGAUGCCCUUGAAUUCCACAGGACUGUCAGAAGCUCUUCCCUCAAGUCCACCCAAAGAUAAUGUUUCUGCAUCUCUUCUCUCUCAGAAACGACUCCUGGAAGGGGACUUUAUCGAUCCUUUGAUGCCGAAGAAAUCACGAAUCUCCCACCUUACAAAUCGCGUCCAGCCGACCCUGAACGACCACUUGUCUCCGCCCAGAGAACAGAAACCUUCAUCAACUUCCUGUCCGACCCCUCCACCUUGCCCUCCCCCUUCUCACCUCCCUUUGUCCCGCCCACCUCUCCCCCACAAUUCCAACUCCCCCAGCACACCUGAGGGAGUGGGGACACAGGACCUCCCUGUGGACAGCUUCAGUCAAAACAGGAACGCUUACGAGAACCAGCCGGACAAAUCUGCUUCUCUGACUCUCAAGGCGAGCUGCGCUCUGCCUCUUCCACUUGUAUCGAAGAGCUCAGAGCAGCCUCCAGGCACAGAAUACAGCCCCCCGCAGAGCAAGAAGUCCAAAAAGAAAUCUAAGAAACACAAGGACAGGGACAGGGACAGGGAGAACAAGCAUAAGAUUGAGAGGACUGACGAAAACCCCCCAAAAAAGCAUGUUGAGGCUGAAAUGGACACCACCCCACAGAUGGAGAAAAACACAAAUUCAGAUAGAGAAGAAAAGAGAGAGACUUGCACAGACUCGACUGAGCUCUCAUCAAGCACCAAAUCUCCUGAUUACUUGAUGAAGUACACUGCAAUUGUCUCCCUUGGCCAACGUCAAACGUACAAAGACGACUUCAACGCAGAGUAUGAAGAGUACAGGAAUCUGCAUGGCAGAGUGGAAAGCAUCACCCGACGGUUUGCACAGCUUGAUGCUGAGCGCAAACGAGUACCCCCCGGCACCAAGGAGCAUCAGAUUAUCCAUGAAGAAGUAUUACAAGAAUAUAAGAAAAUGAAAAUGAGUUGUCCCAACUACCAUGAAGAGAAAUGCAGGUGUGAGUAUCUCCACAACAAGCUGGCUCACAUUAAGAGACUAAUAGCAGAGUUCGACCAACAGAGGGCACAGCCGUGACACUAAGAGCGCUGGGGCUGCUCUGUGGAGCCCCUGCUUUCUCCGGACGAUGAUGUGAAUAAACAACGCUUAUUUAUUUAAAAAGAAAUUCCAAAGUUACUCUAGAAUUGGUAUUACUGAAACUCUGUUUUAAAGAAUACAAAAGUUUCAGGAACAGGUGACUUGAGGUAAAUUUAUUUUCCUUAUUAAUGCUUUAAUGUUUUUAGUUGUUUAAUGUUUUCAUUUUCUUUUUGGGAUUCCUGAGUAAUUGAAAGCUGCUCUCCUCCCUCCCAAAUUCCCUUUUAUCCCGGUUUUCUCAAAGUAGACUUGUUUGUGCAAAAUAGCUGUAUCUCCACAUUGGGGAUCCAAUGGUUGCGAGAAUUGUGUGCAGAAACUAUUAAUGUGGCAAAAACGGUGGUGGGGGGGGGGGCACUAAUGAAAAGGGGGUUGGAUAAACAAAGGUCUGUUAUACCUGUCUGUCUUUGAUCUUAUUAAUGCAAACCCUUUGCCUUAAGUGGUAGGAGGUUUCAGAAGCAAUUUGCACAAAAAUGAUAAACUAAAAAAGUAAGUGUUAGAAGUUUGUUCUGGAGGGUGUAGACGAUUUGUGUAAUAUGGCACUAAACAGCCUAUACUUCUCAAAAGUAACCUUUUAUUAUGCUACGUCAACCCUUCAUUGCAAACGUUGCCUUAAGAUGUUUGCUUAUAUACACUCUGUAGUAAAACCAAUAUCUACACUGCUUCCCAGUCUGUUGGACUAAUGGGGAGCACAUGGUGGCCUACCAAGUAUGGGGGAUGGUGUGUGUGUGUGCAAGGAGGUGUGCUUGUAUGCAUGCAUGGGGGAAAGAAAAGUAAAAACAGGAUUUAAAAUAAAAUAAAAAAGCUGCUGCUCAUAGUAGGCCCAAACACUCAGGAUAAACAGAGUGUCGUCGUUGGUAUUUUCCUGUAAACUUGUAACUUCCUGUUGUGGAAAGGAAAAAGAAAGUUGAUUUAAAGAUCUGUAGUUUGGAGUAAAAAAAAAAAAAAAAAAGUGUGAAAUCACGUAGGAGACAUUUGUAUACUGCUAUAUAUUUUUGAGAAGAGAAAUUCUAUGCAAAGAAGCCGUCGCCUACAUGAACUGUGUAUUCAACAAAUGUGUUCCUCCUGAUCACCAGGAUUUGUAGAGCAGAUGUAUUUAAAAUAUACUGUGAUCAUCGAAUAGCACAAACUUUGAGUUUCAGUUCUAUCUUUUCUGUACUAUAACAAAGUUGUUGUUUUUUUUUUCUUUUGAUUUUUAACCAUCACAGUAAGUUUAUAUGGGAACACUGUUCUUGGGGUGGAUGAACCUUAAGAUUUAUUAAUUGUCCUUUUUUGUUUUGUUUCUUUUCAAAGUGCUGCCUAUUGAAAAGGGAAGCAUUGUGUUUAUAAAACUGAAUGUUAGAAUGUUUGCCAAAUUGCUUUUGGUAUAUCUAGAAAAACUGUUUACUCUCCAGUGUUAGCAAGGGGUUUUUGUGUAUGAACCAGUAACCCAGAAAAUCUACCCAGUUUCAAGUUUGAUAUUUAUGUGGAAAUCAAAUGGGCAUGAAGAUUUGAUAUAAAUACCGGGCUGCGUUUGUGACAAAUGUAUACCAGACGGUGCAAAUAGAAAUGAACUGAGCUAGAUAUCUGUUUAUUUCACCACAAAUGCAUCUUUCUGAUUGGAGUCUGUAACCUUAAAAUAAACAGAGGCUUGCACAAGGUACUUGCACAUUUUGCAGCAAAUGGAGAAGCAUUUAGAUGAUUUGCUGACACGCUACUUUUUGGAGUGGUUGCUCAUAAUUUUAUUAUGUGGAUAGUGGUGUCAGUCACUUCUUGAACCAGAAUAUUUUAAUGCUGAAAAUGUGUAGCUUUAAAUAUGCAACUCAUUUGAUAGGGGAUGUUGUAAUCCAAGCACAAUGGAAUGUCACACUGUAACUUGGAUACUAUGGAAGACAGACCUGAGGUAACUGAACUUCACACAGCCUCGUUUAGUCUCUGCAGUAGACUACUCGUGGUUUUGUGUACUUGUUCUGGCCUUGGCUUCUGUGCUAUUGAAAUAAUAGCAACUAGUUUAGGUAUUUAUUUAGAAGGAAAAAAAUGGAAUUGUUGCCUUUUUACAAGUAGUUUUUUUUUGUUUGUUUUCUGGUUUACUGUGUUGAGCAAAACACUGGUGCUGGAGAGUGCAUUGUUGUUUUUUUUUAUUUUCAAUCAAAUGUUCAUCUGCACUAAAGGCCAGUCAAAAUUGUUCAGCAAAGAUAAUGAAUUGGUUCUGUCUUGCACAAAAAUAGCCUUGUAUUUAGUUCUCUACCUUCUUGGAUGUGCUGCAUUAGUAAGCAGCUCUUCAGUUCAGUCAUUUGUACAAUGGGUUAUAUUCCAAUUGCAACCAGUUAAGGUGCAACAUCUCAGUAGCCCAGUCUCCUUCUAUUAAAGGCUGUUUCCAGAACAAACGUGAUUGAACAAUGUUUGCCUGGCCUUUUAAAAAUAGCAAAUGUUAUCCCCUUGCCUGUGACUGGCAGAAUCUCAAAUAAUAUAUGAUUUAUUUAAGCCUUCCACAAUUUUAAUAUAUUGUAAUUAUAUAUAGUAUUACCUGGAGUUCUGGACAUUAAAUGCCCGUAACUUGCAUUUUUUUUUGUUUGUUUUGUGUAAGAAGCAUUUCAAGGUUGUUUUUUUAUGUAUUUUUUUUUUUUUUUUUUUUUUUUUUGUUAGGAAAAUGGACAGGGUAAAACCAGCACAGUGCCUCUGGCAUUAAAAGGGGGCACAUAUCUUUAACUGCCCGGUUUAGUUCAGUGUGUGUCUUAAAAGCUUGAAUUCACUGUGAUUCUGGCAAGUGCAAUGUGGUAUUGCAUGGUGGCGGCAAACCCCACAUCAUGCCAGGCUUAUUGUGUUAUUUUUAUUCUCAAAUGAGAAUCCUUUCUUGUGAGCACUAAACCUAUGCCUAAAACUAAACCAGUCCAGUUCAUUAAAUCUCUGAUGGAAACUAAAAGCAAUCGGCAAGAAAUUGAACCAUUUUGCUUUUUCAAAGUUGCAGUGUUCCUCUAGCAAAUCCACUUUAUUAAUAUACAUUUUUUCAUCCUAAAGUAGAAAUGUACAUUUCCUUUUGCAAUACAUUUUAAAUGUGUUUAUUCACAAACUCUAAUAUCAUGCAACCUACUUACAGCUAUGGCCAAGUGUCCAAUGAAACCUGCUGAAUGUUUUCCAUAUACUUUAAUUGAAAAAAUGUUACCUUUUGAAAUCUAACAUGAUUUGUAGUUUAUUGGAUUUACGUGAUACAUUAAAUAAUCUACAUUAUG